GUUCCAUGCUCUGUACGUCUUUUUUGUAUUGAUCGCGCCUUUUUUUCCCAAUUUCCCAUACAAAAACAACAAUUCCCGAUAAUGGCUAGUUAUUCGAGCAUCUUUCCGCUCGUCGCAAUAAUAUUCACCUUUAUAGUGAAUUCCCAACAGUGCACAGACCCUCAAAUCAUCUCAACAACCUACACAACCCAAGAUGCCACCAUCCUAAAACAAGUCGCUUUCAUAUCAAACUUCCAAGUGAAAUGCAAAAAAGGCGAGGCUGGCAACCUGUACGCCUCCUUCAAAGACACCAUCUCGCCAGUGGCUUCCGUAGACUCAGGAAAAUACCAAAUCAGUUGGACGGAAGACAUCAAAACGGCUAAAACUGGGGACACGCUGGUGAAAGUGUAUGAUGAAAGUGGUUACAUUGCCUUGAGAAAAGCCAUGAGGGCUGGCGAAGAUGUUUCUGGGGUUGGCGUUUUCGCGAGGAUUGUGGUGCAUCACAGGGGGACGUAUGGGGGCCCUUGGAUAUCAUGUGAACUGCUGGCAGCAGCUUUCUCCAUAGCUAUUGCCUAUGUUGCUGUCCAUUUCAGGACGAAACUCUUAAACUAAUUUGUUAUUUGAAAGUGUCAAAUAAAAUAAAUGACCUUAAGACUAAUAUACUUACUUUGUGUUCAUAUCAAUUUAUAAGGCCACUGCAUGAAGAAGCAGCUACUAUACAGGGUGUUUCAUUACUAAUUGAAAAUAUUUCAACCAUAGAAUCUCGAACUCAAAAUAUGAAGAUU